GUCCUAACCUCCUGGUCUUGUCUGUGUUGAAGUUUGUAGACYCUGAACCCAUUUUUUUACUCAGUCAUGGUAUAGACUUCCUGUCCUUUAAAUUAAUUGUUUUUAUUUAGAUGUUCUACCAGGUGGUUUACAACAUUAACACUCUCUCGGCAGACAUUAAAGUCAACAUAAGCAAGUAUUUUAAAGUUUGUGCAAUGGGAGUAAUAUCUUUAUAAUUUUGUCUGAAGAGGGAACACAUUUGUGCUGUUUUACACCGGAAGAGUCUCAUAAAUGAACAUGCCUGCCUUUUCUUUGACCUGGAGUUCUCAUUUGUAAAAUGUAAGUGCCUUUUAAUCUGUGGUAUUUUCUCAAGGUUCUUCUGGAUUUGUUGAAGGUUUGGUGGCAGUGGAGAAAUGAAGCUUUCGUCAUCAUGGAUUGUCCCUCAUGUGACCCUACCCUUUCUGUGUUUCAUUUGGGGCACACGCGCCCAGCAGGCGUUCAGGACUGAGCCCAGGAACCUGACUGUGCGGAUGGGAGCCACAGCUGUGCUGAAGUGUGAGGUCCUGAGGGCCUCGGGGACUGUGCAGUGGGUGAAAGACGGCCUCCUUUUGGGACCUCAGAGAAGCCUGCCAGGCUUCCCACGCUACAGCAUGAUUGGAAAAAGAGGACAGUAUCAUCUCAAAAUUGAAAAUGCGCAACUGGAAGACGACACCGUCUAUGAAUGUCAAGCCGGCCAGUCUGAGAGCAGCGAUGCGAUUUUCUCCAACCAAGCCUGGCUCACCGUACAAAUUCCGCCGUCUGAGCCGUACUUCAUCGUGGACACAGCAACACACUGGGUGGCGGGGAGGCAGUACGACGUCGCCUGCGUCGCCCCCGACGCGAAGCCGCCGGCCGAAGUCAAGCUGUACAAAGAUGGAGUCGAGCUGACAGGUGCGGCGUCUUUUACCACGUCUGGCUCAAAGGAUAAGCUUCAGAACACGCACGCCCAAGUAACAGUCACAGCUCUGAGCUUGGACGACGGACGACAGUUGACGUGCCGCGCCAAGAAUGUGGCCGCUCCCCAGCCCGUGGUGACCACGACGACCAUGAAUGUGUAUUAUCCACCUGAGCCUCCUUACAUUUCAGGCCUGGAUAGAGAUGGAGUCAGUGCGGGGACACUACUCGUGUUGGAGUGUGUGUCUUUUGGUGGAAACCCUCGAGCCACUCUCCAGUGGACAAAGAAUGACGAAGUCUUAUCCAAGACUUAUGACAUCAUAAAUAAGAUGUCMAAAAGUGUCCUAAAACUGAAAAUCACCCCUGAGGUCAACCAGGUGGAGCUUUGCUGUGAAAGCGCCAACACGAUCUUCCCAACUCCUCAGUCCGUCAGCCGCAGACUAAYUGUGUUCUUCGAUCCUGCGGAGCUGACUCUGUCRGGUGAGAUGGUGGCCGUCGAGGGGCAGGAAUUGACUCUGAGCUGCUACGCUGCCUCAAGUAAUCCGCCCGUCCACAUCCGCUGGUGGUUAGGGUCCAAGGAGCUCAACAACACAGUCGUCACGGUGGAAGAGGGGGACAAUGGAGGGAUGACAACCAAGUCUGAUGUGACCCACCGGGUCUCCCGAGAGGAGGAUGGACUGAAGCUGACCUGUGAGGCUUUUAACAACGGCACACGGGCCUCCAAAAUCCAAACUGAUAAAAUUAGCGUGUUUUACCCACCUCAAAACGUCUGGCUUGAUUCACCACCUGAAGACACGCCCCUUCAGUCGGGAACCACGGUCACCCUUGUUUGUCACUCAACUGGAGGGAACCCCGUUGCAACACUGACAUGGUUCAAAAAUCAGAAGGAGAUGAAAAACGCUCAGCCGCAGACAAAAUCUCACAUGGCCGUGGCUCGCACCCUCAGCCUGGUCCUGAGCGCCAGUGAUAACCUGGCUACCUACCGCUGCGACGCCACAAACAAGGCUGAGAAGACCAUCUCUGCACACACAAAGCUCCUGGUUCACUUUACGGCAGUGAGCAUGAAGAUUAMAACCAAACAGGAAGUGGUUCGUCGUGGUGAGAUUCUGACGCUGGAGUGCCUGUCAGGGAGCAGCAACCCGAAGGCCGAAGUCUCCUGGAGCGUGGGCUCAUUGAGAUUCCCGGGCGUUGAGCAGCAGCCCCAGAAGGACGUGUUUGGUGGUGUUUCCAUUCGCAGCACUCUGUCUUUGAAUCUGAGUUCACAGCAUCACAACCAGAAGGUUAUCUGUCAGGCGUACAGCCCCGUGUUGGCCAGGGGGGCCAACACCUUCUACCACCUGAACGUCCUUUAUCCGCCAGAGUUCAGUCCUGACCAGCCCACGGAGAUCCUGGUGUUGGAAGACGACGUGGCGACCAUCCCGCUGCUGGUCUCAGCUAACCCCGAGGAGAUGUCCUGCACUUGGCAGCACCGCAGGGAACGGCUGGUCAAAGGGGAGAGUCUGCGCCACCACUGGUCCGAUGACCACUCUCUGGAGAUCCGAAACGUGACGAGGAAAGACGCCGGAGUAUACACGGUGGAGUGUGAAAAUGAAGAAGGCGCCAGCCGAACCUCCAUCACUCUGAACGUUCACUAUCCUCCCAGCGUCAGAGCAGAGAAAGACCCCGUGUUUGUCGACCUGGGGAGAACGGCAGACCUGAUAUGUGUGGCAGACGCCAACCCCAUUAUAUCUGACAUGUUCUUUUGGAAAUGGCUGGGAGAGGAGGACGUGGUGGUGGGAGAGGCGACCCAGGAAGAUGAAUCAAGCAUUCUGACCAUUCAUGAUGUGACUCGGGCUCACGCCGGUUUGUACCAGUGUACAGCCAGUAAUGGCAUAGCGCUCCCUGCCAGUGUGAACGUGCAGCUCGUUGUACAGUUCAAACCUGGAGUUCAAAAAGGCCCCCAGUGGAGGAAGAUUGCGAGUAGAGGCGAUGGCACCACUACAGCUGAACUGGUCUGUCAGGCGGAGGGCAUUCCCCGUGUCGACUUCUCCUGGGAAAAAAACGGAGUACUCAUGGAUUUGGCAAACCCCAGGUAUGAGGAGAGGACAGUGAAGGAGGGCUCCUUCCACACCAGCACACUGCGAGUGGUAAAUGUGAGUGCAACUCUGGACUACGCUGUCUUCAGCUGCAUCGCUCGCAACUCACUCGGGGAAGACAAGUUAGACAUCCAACUCGUCAGCACAAAUCACCCAGAUCCACCAUCGUCGUUCCGCCAAGUCAGCGUAACCCACGAUUCUGUCACUCUGGAGUGGAUCCCUAGUUUCAACGGCGGUUUGGAGCAGAGAUUUCGGAUAAGAUACCACUGGAACCAGUCAGUCAGCUUCCUGUACGUAGACGUCUUCCCACCAGACGCAACGACCUUCACUGUUACGGGCCUGCAGCCGAAAACCACCUACAGCUUCUCUGUCAACGCUCUGAACGUGAUCGGAGAGAGCGACUACGCUGACGACAACGCAGUCUUGAUCAUCACCACCGAGGAGGAGCCAGAGUCAGAAGGACCAACAGCAGCAGACCCACUGAAUGAAGGAUUCCCAACCUAUCUGACGGUGGCGUUCACUGUGGUGUUUGGAGUCUUGCUGGUUGUAAACUCACUGGGCUGCUACUUUGGGAAGAAGUGGAAAAACAGGCGAGACAAAACAACAGGGGCAGGAGGGGGCAGUGUGGUGAAUAGACAGAAGAGUGAGGAGGACGGGUCGAGUCAAUCAAACUCCAACAAGUACGAGAGCGGAGAAAAAAUCAACGCCGCGGCCCAACGCACCCUCAUCAUCGACUCUGGAUCCGAAACCGACAGCAACGCGUACGAGAGCUACACGACGGAAAACCCUCAUUACUAUUAUCCUAUUGAUGGCUACAAGCCUUCCCUCAGGCCACACCCUGAGGAACAACGUCACCUUGACAUCAUACCUUCGAACUAUGAGCACCAUGUGUAUGAAGAUGUAAGAGACUGGGAAACGUACCAGGACAUGCUGCCUCCCUCCCUCCCUUUCCCGCCUUUUUCAUCUGACCACAGAUUGACUCUGCAGAGGACAGACUGGAGGACACCAGCUCACCCUCAGGAUCUUGUGGAAACGGGAAAGUUCAUGGAUGUUCAACAAUCACACGAUUAUGAUCUACCGUUUGAGCUGCGAGGAGAGUUAGUCUAAAGCGAGUCAUGGUCAACACCCCCCCCCCCCC